AUGAAUCCGGUUUUAGAGUCUACUCUUGAGAAGGAAGAGAACGUCCAGCUUCAGCACGACGAUGUAGCCAGCAUGGUACAAGCCGUUUCCAAUGACUUCCUCGACUUCAACAAGCCCGUCUUUGUACCUGACGAUGUUGAUGGUUACAUCAGAGGGCGUAUCGUGGAUGUUCUGGCCGACUCUUUAGUGGUGAAAUGUGACGACAAAACUGUCACAUUACCUUUCUCAAAGGUCUUGCCAUGUGAGGAAAGCUGCGACAAGAGUGUUGACGACAAUUGUAAGUCAAGGUAACAUUAUAUGAUAAAUGUUUUCAGGUAUGUUGAUGUACUUGAAUGAAGGAACACUGUUGGAAAACUGCAAACUUCGUUAUCAUCAGAAGCAGAUUUACGUGAGUUUUCUUUAAGAACCGUGUAAGCAAAUUUAAUUGAUUACCAAAACGAAAAUAAUUGUGUCAUGUUGCAGACAUAUGUGGCCAACAUUCUCAUCUCCAUCAACCCUUACGAGAACCUGACUGACUUGUACUCUUUAGAGAGAAUCGCAAAAUAUAGAGGAAAGUCAUUGGGGACGUUACCUCCUCAUGUCUUUGCUAUUGGUAAGUCGAUACCAUUGCUUGAUUCAACAACUAUAUUUUAGCCGAUAAAGCCUACAGAGACAUGAGAAGAUGCAAAGAAAGUCAGUCCAUUAUUGUCUCUGGAGAAUCUGGAGCCGGCAAAACAGAAUCUCAGAAGUGCAUUUUGAAGUAUUUGUGCGAGAAUUGGUGUGCUCCUGGAUCAAAGUCGUUAGAAGAGCACGUUCUCGAAAGUAGGAAUUGCCAUUUUAAGAAUAAAAUAAUAGAAUCUCUUCGAAUGACAAGUCUAUAUCGUGAUUCCAAGACUACUGUAAUCUUACAAUUUCAGCAAACCCAAUUUUGGAGGCUUUUGGAAACGCAAAAACUCUCAGAAACAACAACUCGAGUCGCUUUGGGAAGUUCAUCGAGAUUCAUUUCCAGGAAAAUGUAAGUUGACUUGAUCUAAACCAACCAUCAUUUCAGGGCAUGGUAGCCGGAGGGCAUGUCUCCCAUUAUCUCUUGGAAAAGUCAAGGAUUUGUAUUCAGCAAAGGGAAGAGCGUAACUAUCACAUUUUCUACCAGCUGUUCGUUGGUGCUGAUGAGAGUCUUAGGAAGGACCUUGGUCUCACAACACCCCAAGACUUUGAGGUAUGUGAAUAUUCAAAAUUUUAAUUUAAUCUUGGACGUUUCAGUUCUUGAAGCAUGGAUUCACAAAGUACUUUACUAACGGAGAAGCCACGGGGGAUAAGGUAGGUUAUGUCUUUGUAUCUACAUAAAUUACAGUAAUACGUACUGUGUUAUCUCUUAUGUUUGAAUUUUAAAAUAACAUUUAGUAAUUAAAAUAAUUUUUUAAGGUCUACGACGAAGUUGUGAACGAUGCCGAAGACUUCCAACGUUUGUCCAAAGCGCUAAAGAACAUCGGUUACGAUGAGAACAGUCUUCUGAACCUCUUCAAACUGUUGGCUGGCAUCCUCCACCUUGGAAACAUUGUGUUUGAGGAAUCUGAUGACAUUCGUGGAGGCUGCAAGAUCACCUCCGCUUCUGAAUUUUCUGCAGAUUGGGCCGCCAAAUUGAUGGGUAUUGGAAAGCACGAGCUGGUCAACGGACUAGUUAGUCGAAUUAUGCAACCGACCAGAGGCGGAAUCAAGGGUACUGUAAUCCAGGUCAGGCUCAAGUCAAAAGAAGCCGCAGCAACACGAGAUACUCUGGCCAAGACCAUCUAUGGCAAGCUGUUUGACGCAAUUGUAGCCAAGAUAAACGCUUGUUUUCCUAUUCAGGGUUCCAAGAAUUUCAUCGGAGUAUUAGAUAUUGCUGGAUUUGGUAAGUUAUGGAGUAAUAAGCUGGUGUUCGUGCUUUACAUAAUGUCACACUUGAGAUUUUGUUUUCAGAGUUCUUCAAGAACAACUCGUUCGAACAGUUCUGUAUCAACUACUGUAACGAAAAGCUGCAAGAGUUCUUCAACGACAGAAUCCUGAAGCAAGAACAAGAAUUGUACGUGGCUGAGAGUCUGAACAUUCCUCAAAUUGAGUACAAUGACAACCACGAUUGCAUCGAAUUGUUCGAGAGCAAAGGCGGCCUUCUAGAUUUGUUGGACGAAGAGAUUCGGCUUCCGAAGCCCACAACUCAACAUUUUACUACGUCUGUCCACCAAACUCACGGCUCUCAUUUCCGGCUUUCAGUAAGUAUCUACUGAAAUAAACCGUACUGAUCAGUAAAUUGUAUUUUAGUGGUAUUUACGUACUCUUAACACUUGGAAUUUUAGUCCAGUCGAAACUCAAAAGUGAAGGAAUACCGUGCGCUACGUGAGGAUGAAUGCUUCAUCAUCCGUCACUUUGCUGGCUCUGUCUGCUAUCAAACGAGUCAGUUCAUCGAGAAGAACAGCAACAACUUGCACGCUUCUUUGGAGAACAUGAUUUCAUUCUCUUCCAAUCAGAUUCUGACUCAACUCUUCGAAGCCUCUACAUUAAACAAACCUCAGAACAAGUUGAUAUCUUCUUCAGCCAGUGCUUUGUUCAGAAAGCAGCUUGGAUCACUCCUGGACAAAUUGCAAAGAACGGUAAGAACAGCUAUCAAAAAGUAAAGCGAUUCCACAGUUUUUAGUCAAAACAUUAUACUUUUAGGGAACACACUUUGUACGCUGUAUCAAACCCAACGGUGAAAUGUCUCCAGGCAAGUUUGAAAGCAACCAGAUCCUGGGCCAGCUCCGUUACUCUGGUAUGGAAAGCGUCUUGAAACUUAUGCAAAUGGGAUAUCCCUCAAGGUAAUUGUCCUCCUCAAUUUAACAGCCUUUCAGAACACAAUUUUCCGAGCUGUACAACAUGUACUCAUCCCUGUUGCCAGAAAAGUUGGCACGAUUGGACCACAGACUAUUCUGCAAAUGCUUGUUCCAUGUCCUCGGGCUCAACGACUCUGACUACAAGUUUGGUAUGACCAAAGUUUUCUUCAAGCCCGGGAAGUUCGCCGAAUUCGACCAGCUGCUGCGACACGAUCCACAAGCUAUGAAGGAGAUGAUUGGAAAGGUGCAGUCUUGGUUGUGCAAGCUGAGAUGGCGCAAGGUUCAGUACGGUAUCUGGUCGUGUAUUAAGCGUAAGUGCAAAGGGCAGAGUAGUAAAUAUUUUUAGUGGAGAAGAAGAUUGCAUUCAGGGCCGCAAAUGUCAUCAUGAUUCAGUCAGUUGUGCGAGGUUUUAUCGCGAAACGUAAGGUGUUUCCGAGAGUCAAACUAGCGACUACGGUGUCUAACAUUAUCAAAGAUGUUGACAAUACGAUGAAGAUGUUGGCUUCGAAUGAAGACAUGGAUUCAGAAUUAUUGCAACAGUUAACGUUGCACAAAAAUGUCGUGGCCGCUACUCUCCGAUCUUUGAAGGUAAAACCUUUGAUGCUUGUUAAAAUACAUUAUACUUUAGGACAACGUCAAUUCGUACAUCCAACCAUCAGACAAAGACACCGUAUCUCGAUUGCAAAGCGACACAACUAAGUUGAUUGAAGACGUCAAAAAAGCUGCUGCUGAGAAGGAAAGCUUGAAGAGACAGUUGAUGGAGCUGGAAAAGAAGCGGUUGGAAGAAAUCCAGAAGGCCAAACAACGUGAAGAACACGAAAAGCGCAGACUGGAGGCCUUGAGGAAGAUUCAAGAACAAAUGAAAGCUGAAGAAGAGCAACGCAAAGCCGCAGAACAAAGACAGCUAGCCGAAAAGGCGAAACGGUAAGGAAAAGUUCAACAUUCGCUCUAAAACUAGCGGGUACGAUGAAUCCCGACUAUAAUUUUAUUAUUACAGUCAUAAUUGUAGAGAAGAAAAAGAAAGACAAGAACAAUUGGACCUUGAACUUGCCAAGCGUUUGGAACAGGAAAACGGCGUGCAUCUUGCAGAAGACGCAAACAAACAAGCAGCUCCAAAGCCAAAGGAUGAAAAUGAUUUAACUCAAUGGACUUACGCUAAACUUCGGGACACUAUCAACACCACAUCUGACAUUGAACUGAUCUCUGCUUGCAGAAGCGAAUUCCAUCGUCGUCUGCGUGUGUACCAGAACUGGAAGAAGACGCAUGCACGAAAGCAAACCUAA